UUCUGAGCUGGUAAGAAGCUUCUUGGUGAAGCUUUGAUGUGGGAAUCAUCUGCAUAAUUGUGACGAUUCACGUUAAACUUCUGUAAUAUUUGACCCAAAGGGAGCAGAUACAAGAUGAACAGAAGAGGUCCAGGAACUGACCCCUGAGGGACUCCACAGUCACAGAGACUCGCUCGGAUUCAUAGCUGCCGAUAGGAACUAAAUAGCUCCAGUCUUCUAAACAGGACCUGAACCAGUUAAGAACAGGUUGAAUAAAUUAUAGUUUUAUGUAUAAAAAAGUCUUCAUUGUUAUAAACUUUAGAUGAAUAGUUCAGUGGUGGCAGGUUCAAUUUAAAUUAAUAAAGACAAAUAAAUCUUUGCAGCCUCACAAGAACAAGGUUUCUGGGUCGAAUCUCAGCUGGGGGUGGGGGGUUAACUGGUCUCUCUAAAACAGGGGGGCCCAAAGUCGGUCCUCAGGGCCGCUGUCCUGCAGAUUUUCAAUGUUUCCUUCUUCAACACACCUGACUCAAAUUAAAUAGAUCCAACAGCCUGUCAUGUUUUGCACAAUGACUCAGCAGUUUGAGUCAGGUGGUUUUGGAGCGGUGACACAUCGAAAACCUGCAGGAUUGUGGCCCUUGAGGACCGGAGCUGGGAACUCCUGGUCUAAAUCCUCCCUGAGAGUGAGUGGUGGUUUGUCUCUGUGUUGGCCCUGUGAUGGACUGGUCACCUGUCCAGGUGGACCUGCCUCUCACCUGCUAAUUGCUGGGAUAGGCUCUACCUUCCCCUCCACCCUUUAUUCUACAAAGGGGUUCAGAAAAUGAAUGAACGGAUGAAUAAAAUAAAAUAAAUCUCUCCUUGUAGAUGUUUCCAAUGUGGCGGUGACAACAGGAAACACAAUGAUCCCACCACUCAGGGGGAUCUUGGGUCACCUCAGACCUGGACCUGGAGCUUCUGGAGCCCAGACCAGUUUCUACUACCUCUUCAGACCUGGACCUGGAGCUGCCGGAGCCCAGACCAGUCCCCGUUGCCUCUUCAUGGACUCUGCCAGCAUCAGUUCUGGGCUAGUUCUUCAGUCUCAGUCCACUGACGUUUACCAGAACCUGGCCCUGGAGGACUGGAUAGACGCCCACUUGGACCUGGAUCAGCGCAGGAUCCUGCUGCUGUGGAGGAACCGGCCAGCCGUGGUCAUCGGACGCCACCAGAACCCCUGGAGCGAGUGCAACCUGCCGGCCAUGAAGAAGGCGGGGAUCCCUGUGGCGCGGCGGCGGAGCGGUGGUGGGACUGUGUACCACGACCUGGGAAACCUCAACCUGACCUUCUUCUCCUCCAGGAAGGCGUACGACCGGCGGAGGAACCUGAAGGUUGUCACCGAGGCCCUGAGGCGGCUCCAACCGGGACUGGAUGUCCAGGCCACCGAUAGAUUUGACAUUUUCCUGAACGGACUCUACAAGAUCUCCGGGACAGCCUCCAGACUCAGCAGGAAGUCGUCCUACCACCACUGCACGCUGCUUUAUUCAGCCGAUAGCUCCGCCAUCUCCACCAUGCUCCGCCCCUCCUGUCCAGGGAUCCAGAGUAACGCCACACCCAGCGUCCCCUCACCCGUCACCAACCUGGUAGACCACGCCCCCUUGCUGCAGUGGGAGGAGCUACUGGAGGGACUGGUGCAUCAGUACAACACAGAGUUUGACCUGAGCUCUCCGUCUGUCUUCGUUGACCCCACCGACGAAUCCCAGUUCCCUGGCGUGGGCAACAUGGUGGCAGAGCUGCGCAGCUGGGACUGGACGUUCGGUAAGACGCCCAAAUUCAACAUUGAGACGCCGCUGGAGCUGACGGACGAGCCGCCAGCCGCUCGCUGCUCCGCGCUGCUGCACAUGGAGGUGAAGAACGGACGGCUGGACAGGUUCCAGGUCGACGUGCCCUCAGAGUGGCUUCCUCCAGAGCUGAGCGGCGAGCUGGGCAGCGUGCUGGUCGGAGAGAGGUUCUGUCCACACCGAGCGGCGGCCAUUGUCUCUACGGUGCUGAGAUCAGAGACAGGACGCUUUCAUGGACGGUUGAGGAAGCUGUGUGAGGCUGUUCUGGCUGUGAUUGGCUGAGACCAGAAUCUGGUCAGAAGAUCGCCGCCCUCUGCAGGCGAAGGCCGGUAUUGCAGCCACAGCAAGAAACCUCAUGUCAAGGAACGUCACGUCAAGGAACGUCACGUCAAGGAACGUCACGUCAAGGAACGUCACGUCAAGGAACGUCACGUCAAAGAACGUCACGUCAAGGAACCCCACAUGAAGGACUCAGUGAAAACUGAGCAGAUUUACAGCCGUCUGUGUCCUCAGUAAAUUAAUGUAUUGAGUGAAAUCUGUUGAAAUGUACAAAUGUUUAUAUUAAUCUGGGGAAAAAACCUUUUUCUUCAUUAAUAAAACAUUUUCUGAAUGAGA